GUUAGGUUUGGUUAAACAAAUACAGUAAUAUACAAAGCAGAUCAAUAAAGAGCGAAGCUUGCCGCCAAUACUGUCUCCUCUUUUCCAGUUCAAGUCUUCAACGCCGCAGCUUCAGACACGACAUUUUCGGUCUCUCUCCGUAUAUAUUGGUACGCCGAUCGAACGAUGAGGGUUAUUGAUGGGUUUAGGGACAUUUUGAAGGUGCAGAGAUUUCGGAGAAUCGUGUCGUAUACCGGGUUUUAUUGCUUCACAGCAGUUGUUACCUAUGCCUACACUAAUAACACGACUCGAGCUGGGUACUCUCGAGCUGAUCAGUACUACGCUUCAUAUCCAGCUGGAACGGAGCUUUUGACUGAUGCUGCCAAGUUAUAUAAAGCUGCUCUUGGCAAUUGCUUUGAAAUCGAAGAGUGGGGACCAAUUGAGUGGUGCGUAAUGGCUGAUCAUUUCGCCCGUCAAGGGAAAUCCCCGUUUGAAUAUCACGCUAAAUACAUGGCACACCUUGUUUCCCAUGGACAACUUGAGGAUAGUGGCUAAAGGUUCAUGUAGACCAUCUGAUGGAGCAGUUAGUAGAAAAUACUUUUGUAUAAUCGUUAUAGCAAUGUUGGACAUCAUAUGAAGUCGUAAUGCUUUUUGUACAACAAUCGAUAAAGUCGACUUUGUAUUCAAUAAGUCAAUAAUUUCUUGUAAUUACAUCUGAAAAACAUGUAAACUGCAAUUUAUUUUAACUCCUAGUUUAACUUCA